AUGGAAAGUGAAGCUCGAAAUGCCGAUCAAAUUACGUCGAAAUGGCGAGAUAUUCGAUUAAAAUGCACCGAUUUUGGAGGAAUCUACAACAAUCUCCUAAACAUACGCAAAAGCGGCUCGAACGAUUUUGAUGUUUUCAAGGCGGCCAUGGACCAAUAUGAAAAAACAACGCCUACACGCAAAGCUUUUCCGUAUAUGAAGCCGUGGCUAAAAUUGAAAGACUCCCCAAAAUGGAAAGAGCAAACGGAAGGAAGUUCCCAAUCUUCCGGUUCAAAGCGUUCGAGAAACCCCGAUGGAGCUUCUCAACAAUCGGACGGCCGAACACACAUCGACAUCAACGACGCUCCGAUAGAUCUUGAAACCGACCAACCUCUUCCUCGGCCCGUUGGAAGAAAUAAAGCAAAAAAAGCGGCGUCAACAUCUUCGAAUUCUAGUGUUAUGGAUAUGUUCGGCGAUAAAUUUGAUCGAUAUGUGCAUCUUCAGGAAACGAAGGCCGAGGUGAUGACUCGGAUGGAACAAAAAAUGAUCGAAGCACAAACAUCAUUUCAAGAGGCACAAGAGACACUCCAAACAAAAACCGACAUGGAAAUCUUGAAAAUGAAAGCGGACGACCUUGAGGGCGAAGACUUGGAACUUUUUCUAGCAAUGAAAGAGUCGGUUCGAGCCCGACGUAGGCGUAGGGGUAGUUUAUUUUAUGUAUGGUUGGAAUUUUUAGUUUUUUAA